AUGGCACGUCGGUCCAGCGCCCGUCUGCGCGACAGGUCCACCACUCCCAAACGCGUCUCCCUCUCCCACGAUGCGCCUACCACGACCACUCGCACCCCCAAAACCCUCCCGGCCAAGCUCUCGUCCCUCAUGGAGAGCGAUGAGAUGAUGCCGGGCGCAUUCCCGCAAUCCGUCUCGCCGUCGCUGAUGAUGGAGGUGGAUGAAGCCACUCGCACCCCGACUCACCGCACUCCCAUCCGACCCACCGCCAAAGAGRUGCAUCCUCAACUCCACCAUCAAUCCACCGCCAAACCGCUCGAUGAAGCGCGUCAUCUGGGCUUCUCCAACAUGCAGCACAUCAACGUCCCUCAGACGGAACCCGCUCCUCGACAGAAUGCUUCGAGCAGAUUGGCCGCCAUGCAGGGAACUCCCACCCACCGCAAUCUCGAGCAAGACGUCACAUCUCCCAGCUAUGAAUUCACCUUUCGGAGGGAACAUUCCCUCGAAUUGUCCCCCGACGCCAAGAGGUUGAUGUAUGAGAAGCGCGAGGAGGCGGCCAAGAUUAAAGCGCAGAUGAUUGCCGAUGGAGAGGGAAUUCAAUCCAUUGAUGACAUUUUGGGGCGGAAAAAGGCGACGCCGGGCGGCAGAUAUGGUGAUGUGCACGACAAGGAGUUUGCGAAGAUGGGCUCCAUUGUCAAUCAUCCUUCGGCUUUUCGUGCGGAUCCCAAUCGUGUAAAGCCGACAUUGACUGCUGCUUCUGCUACGAAAUCCCUCAAGCGGAGUCAGAGCAAGGCCGAAUUGCAGUCUCGCGCCGAAUUGGAUGCCACGCCUUCUUCACGCCCCGCAUCAAGGGAUGUGUUCAAGCCGGCGCCGUCGUUCAAGUCAAGUGCUCUGCCGCGGACGACUUCCACACAUGAUUUGACGGCGUCGGCAUCUCCAGCCAAGCGAGUCAAGCGCGCCGUCAAUGAGGAUGUCUCGGCGACUCGUCCGGCUUCCAAGGAUGGUCCGUCCACCCCUCAGACACACACCAAGCAGCAGCCAUCCUACCCGGAUCUGUCGCAUCUCACCACUCCCACACAAUCCUCACUCUCUCGUGCGGCCAGCAUCAAGUCUACAAAGACGAGCAAGAUCCCAGGUCCGCAGUUCACACCCGCCAAAGCUGCUCCUCCUCCACCGCCACCUGCAUCCACCCUCAAGCAGCCCAUUCGUCCAUCAGAGCACAACACCCCACUUCUCCACCGCUCACCAUCCAAGCCUUCAUUCUUCUCAAAGCCAAAUGUCGUCAAGUCGGAGGUGGAGAAGACAAACGGUGAGAAGCCGAAAUCAAUGAUGGACCCUCACCUUGCCCGCACACCCGCCAAGGCAGGUUUCUUGAAGAAGACUGUCGGGUUUGUAGACCCGGCUGGUAAUGGUACUCCCCACGAGAAGCCUGCUCCUCUUCUCUCGAGAUCUCCAGUCAAAGCCUCGAWCCCGAAGACGAGUGAGACUGACUCACCUCAACAACAAAAGACUGCUCCAGUCCCAUUCCUCUCCAGAUCUCCCUCCAAGAUCCCCAUGACAGGCGCAAACAACCCUUUCAGCACGACAACAGCAUCAUCAGACACUCCUGGCAAGAGUACCGCCACCAAACUCCUCGGUCGUUUCAAUCUCCUCCGUCAAUCUCCCAUGAAGUCCAUCUUGCGCUCUCCACAGCGUUUGUAUUCGGAUGAUCCUUCAAAGAUCGCUGCGGGAACACACAUGGCUACUCCUCCCAAGAAGACGCCUUCCAAGACUGAAGUGGCGAGUGUGAGGAAACGUGUCGAUUUCAGCAGCUCCACCAAGAACUCGGACAGCAGUAGAGAGGAGACUCCACUGACCCCGAAUGUCCAGCCUUCCACCAGCAUCUUCGAUCGGAAUGGCGGAAAGUCCGAGGCGCGAACCGUCAGCAUGCUUCCCACGGUCGACUAUCCUUCUUUGGAGAGGGCGGACCGUAUGUUGAGUCCUAGUCCUCAGAAGAGGAGGGAGACUGCUGGACCGGGAGACUUCACUUUCCGCGCCGAUGAGCAUGGGGUGGUGUUUCAGAGUCCUAAUGCCGCCAAUGUCUCGGGAAAGAAGAGAGCAAACACCAUCCGGUUCAUCGAGAGCGAGUCGUUGAGCAUGGUUCCUACGGGGAUUUUGACGGGGAGCAAGAAGCGGAAGCAUGRUUUUGAGGAUCGCAACGCUGUUGUUGAGGGGGAGGUGAUUGGUGGUGGGAGUGAUAAGGAGAAUGCGGAGAUGGAUGAAGGCGAGGAAGUGGAGGAGAGACCGAAGAAGAGGGUCAAGGCUAGUGUGCCUAGUCCUGUCAAGAUGAACGGUGCUGCUGUCAAGAAGGGAGAUGUGGUGGAGAAGAAGAGGAGUACUUUGGGAGUCAAACCCAAGGGAAGCAAGAAUCUACCAUCUGCGAAGACUGCCACGAAGGGAGCUGCUGGGGUUGCCAAGAAGGGAGCUGCUGCGUCUGGAGGAGGUGCUGCUGCUGCUGGAACGACGAAGACGAUAAGUCGGGAGCGAUUGAAUGCUUUGAGUCAACCGAAGAAGAGAGGUUGA